ACGAGUUGCGUCCGGGUUCGCCGUACGUGCGAUAACGGGGGCGUCAAUCGGAUUGCGCGAUUGGGAGAGGAUUCCUAACCUCGUGCACGCUUUCCUCUCUCCUUCUCCGUCUUCUCUAUCCAUCUUUCUCUAUCCGUCACCCUGCCUUUCCAUCUCUGUUGCUCCUUCCUUCGGUCCGUCUCUCUCAUUCGGCUAUGGGCAACAGGUUUGAAUUUAUGGGACAAUAAAGAGUGCGGUGCGUAGUGCGCGCGUGUUUCCCUCUUGCUCGCACGAGCGCUCUCCUCUCUUUCCCACCAGCGAGAGCAGCCUCGUUUCUCCCACGGACACGUUCCGGCUCCUCUGCCAUCAGAGAACACCGCGCCGGAGACUAUCAAACUCUCAUAAAACUGUCAGCCGCGGCCGGCCGGCUGACUUAUGCGCAUCCCUUCUUUCGUUCGCGGCUAGAGACCCGUUUGCUCCUCGACGCGUAUUCCUUCUGAAGCACGGGGCCCGCGAAAUGCGGCCGAAAGUGGCUCGAUGGCAGUGAUCUACCUUUGGUCGCGAGAAAUUUCGUCUAAGAGAAACGAAGAAUCUACAUUCCGUCGAAGCAGCAGCCUUUCAACUCGGAAAUUAUCGAGGGCCGUCGUCGUUCAAACUCGUUAAAUCUUGAAGAUUUGGUCGAAGACACAGGAGGAAAUUAAAGGUAGCAAUUAAAAACGACGAUGAUCGCGCGAUACCGCUAACGUAACGAAAAACGAGAAAUUGCAAAAAGAUCGAGGCGAUCGGCGAUCAAGCAGAACGCGGCGGUAGCAUCUAGCGGGGAACCACCUCUUCUUCCUUCUUUCGACGGCACGAGGGUGUACGCGGAAGGGGGCGCGUGCGCGCGUUGCCCCCUCGCAGAGACGGCAAGCGGAAGACUACUUCUUGGUGACGUUGCGGCUAGAAGAUUGCAAAGGAGAAAACGACAGCAAAGCAGAAAGAGAGAGAAAGAAGCAGAGAGAUCCUCGCCCCACCAUCGGUCCUCGGGGCUCCCGAAUAUCUCUCCAUUAGCCCCCCUGACGGUGCUAUCCCCUCUCUGUGACCCCACGGAUUUCCUGUCCUGCUCGCACACCCCUCUCGUCGGCUCUUGUCACGUCGGGUAGCAGCCAGGCAACACCACCACACGAGCAAGCAGCAGCAGCAGCGCCAGCAGCAGCACCACACAGACCCGACGGAGACGCAAGGAACGGGGUUGAAGAAUCCUACGCCGGCGGAGAGACCAAUCAAGGUUUGACGAACGACGGGGAUUGGUCGAGGCGCUCCUCUGACACGCAGAGAGCGCGGGCACGUGACAAGCUACCGCAUACACCGGGCCUCCGUUGGAUCGUAGCGAGGCCUUCAGUACGAUACCAACCACCCUCCGCGCACGCAACAGGAACGGUGAACGCCGAGCCGCGGCAAUAACGCUUCACCCCCUAAUGCGGUGAUAUCGGUACACCGGCAUACCGACGAUUCACCGCGGACAGAGAAUCAUUCGCCACGGUUCCGUCUUCCGUCAUACGACGAUCGCGUUUUCUUCGUUCGCCGUGUACGUUCUCAUUUUUUCGUCGAUCUUACUGUCAUACGGACGCAUCGCAUCGGUUGGUUACGUUGGAGAUAAUACGUCGUAUCGCGAACGCCGGCACAAUCGCGGAUUUCGUGCAUACGCUGUUUCAAAGGACACGCGGUGAUUCGUGCGAAUAAAUCAUCGACGAAGAAAGAAAUAAAGAAGUGCAUGGGGUCUGGUCUUCAAUGGGGCGACCCGAUAAGCCGGCUGUUACGCGCUACUGCACGCUGCCUCGACGAGUUCUCUGUAGGUAAUUGCGACUCGUGAGGUCGUAAAGAAGCAGAAGACAGUUUUAUAGCCUAGGCCCACGUGGCCCUCGUAAACUCGACACGGCUCAGGUCGGUUUAGACUCUGCCCGCCUGCCGGUACACGACUGCGUCUCUUUCUAUUCGUCGCGAUCCCCCUCGUUCAUUAUCGAAUCGUUUAGGGACGUGUUUAUCCGCGUGUAACGGGCCGCGAUAGGUGUGAACACGCCAAACGAACAAGAGAACGGUGAGCUCGUUUUUUAUUCCUAACCAAGUGAUAGCACCUAAUAUCCAAGGUUCCUCUGUUAUCGGCAAGUGUGACAUGCUACCGUUCCCACCGUCAUCGUCCUCGUCUUCGUCGUCGUCGUCGUCGUGAAAUCAACGACCAGCGAUGACAGGCUCUCGUAUUUAACGACAGUGCGCGUAUCUUGCCGCCACUCGGAGAUCCAGAUUAGAUCGGUGGUGUUGUUGUCGUGGAAUAUCGAAUCGUAACACGUGUGGAACGAAUCGGGUAACAGUGACGUUAACGACGGGUGCAUUACUCGCGUGAACCAUGAGUUCCUAUCAGUUCGUCAAUUCGCUGGCGUCUUGCUACGCGGGGCAGCAGACGCAACAGCAACCACGAGCCACAGCUAAUUCACCUGGAGAACCGAUGCAGGCGGCGUCGCCUGCAGGCGGAGACUAUUACAAUCCGAAUGCAGCAGCGACUAGCUACCCUGCACCGUGUUACUCUCCUCAGCAACACUAUCCUCAGCAUCCGUACGCCACACCAGCCUCUGGAAUGCAACAUACAGCGCCUACGGGUAUGAUAGACUACACGCAGUUGCAGCCACAGCCUCGAUUGAGCGCAACGACAACCUCGCAGCAACACAAUUUGCACCAGCAGUCGCAACAUCAUCCGCAACAGCACCAUCCUCAGCAGCAGCUGCAUCAAGACCCGACGACGCCACUUCUUCAGGCCGCGUCCGCGCCAUCGGCACCGUCCACGUCGAGCUGCAAGUACGCCGACUCGACGUCCUCAACCAGCGUCGCGUCGCCCCAGGAUCUGACCACGUCCACCUCUAGGAACAGUCCGACCCCUCUGGUAGCACCUGGCACCAGCAAAGCCGCGUCAGGCCUCACCUCGCCGCCUGGAAGUUCGUCGAGGUCGUCGGUCGCUGCAUCCGCCGCCUCACCCGCAAGCGGAAGUUCCAGACCUGUAGCAGAGGGAAGUUCCACAUUGACCACCGCGUCAUCCGCAUCCUCGCCAGCAUCCUCGACCUCCAGUACCUCCAGCACUGGCAACAACUCGUCGAAUAAGACAAACCCCACCGGCAACGAGCCACCGAAGAUCUACUCGUGGAUGAAGAGGGUGCACAUCGGACAGAGCACGGUGAACGCGAAUGGCGAGGUGAAACGACAGAGGACGUCGUACACCAGGUACCAAACGCUGGAGCUGGAGAAGGAGUUCCACUUCAACCGCUACCUGACGAGGCGGCGUCGCAUCGAGAUCGCGCAUGCCCUUUGCCUGACGGAACGUCAAAUCAAGAUCUGGUUCCAGAAUCGGCGGAUGAAGUGGAAAAAGGAGCAUAAGAUGGCGAGCAUGAACAUUGUUCCGUACCACAUGUCGCCGUAUGGCCACCCUUACCAGUUCGCGCCCCACCCAGGCCAGUUCGCUCAUUUGGCCACAUAGGACGAGUUCUCGCCCGCCGAGCUCGGAGCACACGCUGUCCGGUUCCCCGGGAUGUACGGCGAGCAGAACUUCUAAAAGGCUUUUUUCCUGUUCUCGGCUCGGUCGCCGUCACCAAAGACUAUAGCAAGUCUCGCGUGACCUGGCGGCCCGGGACACUUCACUUCCAGUAGGACACGUGGUGAGACCCGACGAGGUCUGACACAGGCCACCGAUGCCUCGACGGAUUGUCACUCGUCAAGCAGAAUUUCUACUCCUCUCGUUCUUUUUAUUCUUUUUAUCCCUCUCCCUCUUCUUCCCCUACCCGGCCUUUCCGUCGUCUUCUCUCAUCGUCUUUUUGCUGGUAUUCGAGUACUACACGCGUUGCGUUCAGACGAGAAAGGGUUUUAGAGUUUUUAUCACGAGGAACCUCGACCCGACGUGUUCAAACUUUAAGAAACGAAACUUCCUGAAAUUCAUCGUGGUUUUACCGUAUUUUAUGCUACCUUUUCCAUACACGAUCGAUUGGAAUUCGACGAUCCGUCGGUCUGUGCCUGUGUCCAUCCAUAAGAUACUCCGUCACAAUACAACUAUUUGAAGUUGAAGGGAAGCCAAAAAUUUUCUGCAAAGCACGCCGUGCGCCCGAUUAAAUGGACUGGACGCGCUCCGAGGGGCUCUCGCCGCGGCUGGAUUACAAACGUACCGAUGCUGAACGCGGACGAGGAGCCACCUCAGCGGGUGAGAUAAAACCGCAUCAGUAGUUUUUAAGGCUUAGAAAUUAGCGGUCUAAGAAAUUAAUUAAUUGAGCGACUAAUUAAUUAAUUAUCUUGUCUGGCUGCGCACUGUUCCGCACCUCUGGAUCUAUCCAAACCCCCCUCCUCCCCACCCCUUGGCCCCUGUAUCCAACCUAUGCACAUCGUUCCCUAUAUUCCGAAUACGAAGGAGAAACUAAAAAAGAAAAAGAAAGGAAAACAGAGGAUGCGCUGAUGUACUUACUUAACUUCUCGUUUCUUCUUCCACUUCCUCUCUUCUCUUUCUGUUCUUUCGCUCGUUCUCGAAAUCUGUCUCUCUGCGAGGGCGCGUUCGUCGAUGGAGAUUCGCGGACCACGCAGUCUCCAUCGGCGUACCGCGCAGUUUCUAUGUGCACGUUAAAGUCUCUACUUCAUAGUACGUAAGGUGCCUAUUAAUACUCGAGUCUAUUCUCUGCCGUUUUUCGAUAGAGGCUGCUGACAAUUUUCGAAGUCCGCUCGGUCGACACGAGAUAAGUCGCCAAAUCGAUGCGACAAAGCGCAUGUUAACUUUAUAGCGAGUAAGAACAGCCGAUAGUUAAGAACAAGCUGUUGUAUCGCGCCACCGCGAACCUCGUUUGCUAUACCGCAGUUCGUUAAGCCAAAUCGAUCGGAAAAGUAUCACUGCUUUCCUCUACAAUUUACAACAUUCUAAAUGUACACAUCUAAUACACCAAGUCACUUGUUUCACACGAUAUUCCAUGUUCCUCUUAUUUUUCUCUUUUCUGCCGUGUUUUUUUAAAUAUAUGUUUCUUUAUUUCCUAUGUCUUCAUCGAACACAACCAAGUUGUCGAAGGUAACACUCGAUGGGUUUUGAAUUUUCGAUAGAACAUUAAGAAGAAAUCGGUGAGCAGCCGAAGAUAAGCAAGCUCUCUGUAAAUACCGCGGUCCGUGUUUUUCUAUGGCAGCUAACGAUCGUCGUUUCAGAACGAACUACAAUAUGAACUGUUCUUUUUUACGACGAUAACUUUAGGCGUAGUACGCGUGCGAUUCAACCAGAGCAACACAAUUUCGAUACGGAACCGUACGAAGUCGAGUCUCGUUGCACUCGCAGAAUUCUCGCGUCGCGUCGUUCUUUAUAAUAGUUGCAAAUGUUCGGUGCAUUAUACAUACGAUACAAUAUUGUUGGAAAUUGUACAAGAAUUAAAGAAUGUACAACUUUUCGUCUAGAGGUAACAGAGAUUUCCAAAUCAGCUGUUCACACGUACAUAUGCGAGAUAAACACGUUCGUGUCCGCGCAUGCGUUUGCCGUUUGCCUGCGCGGUCGCAACUGCGCAUAGCGACGCGACGCCGCGUGCAAUACGAGCGAAUGAAGCGGAGUUUGUACAGUAAAACGGACGAACCGACGAAAAACGAGCAAUUGUCCUUUAAGGAAGAGAGUGAAAAGAAAGAGGAAGUGGAAUAGAAAGAUUCCUCUACUUAAUCGAACAAAACGGCAGGUGUAUAAAUGAAUUUAGAUAAUGUGUUCGCGGUCGUGGUGCGCGCACGUUCGCGCGCUCGCGUUAAUUGGUUUAUCUUGUGAUACGAAGACAUGGAAAAAAGAAAAGCUAUAAUUAAACGAGAAAAAAAAUAAGAUAAACAGCUAGCAGUCGCUCCGUGCUUAGUAAGAUGUCGUGAACUGCGUAACUUUAUGCGAAGCAAAUUCGGAAGAAUACAGGGAUCUAAAAAAGUAUAUAUUAUCGAUAUUUAGAGAGAGAGAGAGAGAGAGAGAGAGAGAGAGAGAGAGAGCAAGAGAGUGAGUGAGAGAGAGAGCGAGAGCGAGAGAGAAAAAGAUUAAAAAUGUAAGGUGAAAACGAACAAGGCGGAAAGAGAGAUGUAAGUGUAGGCUAUAAUGUUGAAUUGUACAUAGCUAUUGAAUAUAUGGCAACACAAUAUUGAACGACGUUAUUAUCGUACGAGGCGUUAACGAACGAGCCGAUUCCUUCAGUUCUUUUGCAGUCGAUAAGCGACAAAAAAUGAUGUAUCCGUGCUUCGUGGAACGUAAUUGUUUGUGAUAUCUGGCACAGAUGCAGGAUACAAGUUGUUCGAAGAACGAAUCGAAGCAUAUUUCCUAUGUUGCAGAAUCUUUCGUUAUCGCCUGGUACUUUAUAUAGGAAUAUUUAAAGAAAAAGAUAGUGAGGAUUAUAAUAGUAAUUAUUAUUAUUAUUAUUAUUAAUAUUAUUACAAUGAUUAUUGAAAUUAUUGACAUUAUUGCUAUUAUUCUAUUGAGAGUGAGCCUGUUGCUAAUGACUUGGUCCAGUGUUAAUAUUGUAUUUUAUUUGUUUCGUUAUUAUUAUUAUUAUUAUUAUUUUUUUUUUUUUUUUUUUUGUUGUUCACGCCGCGUGUCGUACACAACACGUUCCGUACCUAUGAAUGCAGAGUUCGGUUUUUCGCGCUCUUUAAGGGAAAAGAAUCCGUCGUGAAUGGGAGACGCGGAACGCGUGUCUUUUCGACGUUCGUCGUUUUACUUUCUUCAAGUCGACCGCGUCGUUCGGUAAACACGCGUCGCCGACUCCGUAGAAAUCGAGGAUGAAAAGAAACAGUGGUCAACGAAGCGAAUAAGAAGAAGAAGAAGAAGAAGAAGCCUAUUUACUCGUCAGGUGCGAAGGAUGCGUUCUCCACUUUAAAUUAAGCUCAAGUAUUACGUUCGUGUAGCGUCAACUCAAAUGUUACUUCAUUCCAUGUAAUAUACGUAAUAGUCUAACUAAAAAUACCUACUUAAUACAUCUACGUAACCUAGAGCACCGUACGUGUAAGGUCGCAUAAUUAUAUAAUUUAAAUUGUAAUUAUUAAAUGAUAUGACGUACAGAAACAUACUAUCGUUAUUCAUUACCUGAUAAUUCCGAUACAUCAAAUUCACGAAACCAUUACUAAUUAUGGCUUCUAAGAGCCAUCAUAACCUAUAAUUACAGAA